AUGUCGACAGCUCAAGUUCUCUCACCAAUACCCCCCCCUGGUACGGCCCCCAUCAACGCGUUUUCCCAGCGAGAGCAACCACCGCAGCUGCGCAUGCGGACGAAUACUGCACCUAUCGCUGGCGUGGACCAGGACGGAGCCUUUCACAUGGACAAGGUGAUCAAGAGUGGCUGGCUAAUGAAGAGAAAUAGGAAGACAAAGAACUGGAAACGUCGCUGGUUCGUCCUACGCGGUGAUCGUCUGCAGUCGUACAAGGAUCAGAAGGAGUACAAGAUCCACCGUCAAGUCUACCUCAACGAGCUCACGGCAGUGGCCGUUCUUAAGGACGCGAAGAAGCCCAACGUCUUUGGCCUCUUCUCUCCAUCGCGGAAUUAUCACUUUCAGGGCGAAUCGUUGAAGGAUACAAAUGAGUGGGUUGAGUGCAUACGCAGCACUGCAGCCCUUGCGGACGCAGACGAUGACCUCUACCUCGGCUCUCCAAUCAACGCUCACGACCCUACGAACCCGUUUUCUAGCCCGAUUGCUCCAAUGAGUCCGGAUAUGCGGUUAGGAUCAAGCUCGCCCGAAUUUGGUACGAACUCGGGGGCUGUCAAAAUUAGGGGCAUGGGACGUGGUGGCAUAUCAUCGCAGACUUUGGAGUACUCAGGGGCGGAGGUUGGGUCGUUCUCGUCAAUGUCUGACGGGGCCAGGAUUUCGCAGUUGUCAUUAGGUGCAGGGAUUGACUCGGGAGCCGAGACUGAACCACCACACCCUGGGAUGGUGAGGAAUGAGUCUGGGUUUUCGACCGAUGUAAUGGACGGUGGUGGAAGAGUAGUUUGGCAUGGAUAUUUGUACUGUCUCAAGUCAAAAGGCGGUGUAAGACAGUGGAAGAAAUAUUGGGUGGUGUUAAGGACUAUUAAUCUGGCUUUUUACAAAACUGAAGAGGAAUACCGAGCUAUCAAGAUAAUCCCUCUAGACAGCAUUGUCGAUGCUGUUGAGAUUGACCCAGUGUCAAAGUCCAAAAAGCACUGCAUGCAGGUCAUCACUGAAGGCAAAUCGUUCCGAUUCUCGGCACCAAACGAAGAAGUUCUUGCGAAAUGGCUUGGCGCCAUGAAGAGCACUCUUUCAAAACGAGCAAUCGCAAACACUGCCGGCCCGCUCACUGGGGUAACAUCUCCUGUGAUCCCUCCUGUGCCCCCGAUGCCAGCUGUCGGGUCACCAGUUGUCGGGUCGCCGCAGCAGUAA